UCCAAAUCCAAGGACGAGAUGAACCUCCCCCUGCAUCACGAGCAGGUGAAUAGUUAUUAUUGGAGCACCCACCAACUCAAAUCUGAUAAAGAAAACAAAGAUGGAAAGAAAGAGAGAACCCCCUUUGACUCAAAAAAAACUUGCAUUAUUUUGAUUCAUAUGGGCCAUGAACAUGAUCUCUCACGUGUCACGCACGUCCUACGCAUAUACUACUUUGAUCAUUUAAUAUUAUUAUAGUCAUAUAUAAUAUAUAUUAAUGUCAAGACUUAUGAGAGGACUUUGUAAUUGUAUAGUGAAUAUAUUUUCUGUAGUUGUUUGGGGUCAAGAGAAAAUGGGUAAAUUCAAAAGGGUCUGUGUCUUUUGUGGAAGUAAUUCAGGGAACAGAAAGAUAUUCAGUGAUGCAGCUCUUGAUCUUGGAAGAGAAUUGGUGGAGAGGAAGAUGGAUUUGGUGUAUGGAGGAGGGAGUAUUGGGCUGAUGGGGAUGGUUUCUCAGACUGUUUUUGAUGGUGGAUGUCAUGUUCUAGGAGUUAUCCCAACUGCACUUGUUCCACUUGAGAUAUCUGGCCAUGCAGUGGGAGAGGUGUUGAUUGUAUCAGAUAUGCACGAAAGGAAGGCUGAAAUGGCUUCUCGAGCUGAUGCUUUUAUUGCUCUUCCUGGAGGGUAUGGAACCAUGGAAGAGUUGCUUGAGAUGAUAACAUGGUCUCAGCUUGGAAUCCAUGACAAACCAGUGGGUCUCUUAAAUGUUGAUGGAUAUUAUGAUUGCUUGCUGGGAUUGUUUGACAAAGGAGUAGAAGAAGGAUUUAUUAAGCCAUCUGCUAGGAACAUUAUUAUAUCUGCAAAGACUGCUCGAGAGCUGAUACAGAGGAUGGAGGAAUAUGAACUUCUUCAUGAUCAAGUAGCACCAAGACAAAGUUGGAACAUAGAAGAAAACCACACUGAAAGUUUGUAGCUGAUCCCUUUCAUUUGCCCUCCAAGAGGACAAGGGAAGGGCUUAUUGCAAGAACAUCUUUCCAAGUGGCUGUUUGAAUUGCAUGUGCAAGCAGAUAACACAAUAACAGAAAAUUGAUAUUCCAAACGGAAACAUGUGCAACUUGUGAGCAGCAACCCUUUCGUGAUUUGUGCUUGAUUAAUUGUGUUUGCAAACUGAAUGCUUAUAUAGUUAUAUUUACCCUAAAAGGAAUAAAAAUAUAUAGAUUGAACAUGUCGUAAGGGCUGUGA